GGAUCCUCAGUGAUGUGACUUUGAGAUAGUUUAGCCACUGAAUGAGCGACCUCAAUUGUCUACUUACAUGGCUAAUCCGAGGUUUUGAAGGGUGGUGCGGUUGUAGCAAAACCUAGUUGUUCAUCUCCUAGAGAUAGCAACAACAAAGAGAAUAUAAAUAUGAGUAAAUCAGAAGUGCCAAAAUUAAGUGUGGAGCCACAGCAGAUGAAGAGAAGGAAAAAGGGCGGAGGAUACAAUUUGAGAAAAAGCCUAGCAUGGGACAGAGCUUUCUUCACUGAGGAAGGUGUCUUGGAUCCCUUAGAAUUAUCUUUGCUUGGUGGGAAUUUUGGCAACUCCAAUGGGGAGGUCUUGCCAGUCAUACAUGAAGAAGGCAGAAAGUCAUCAUCUGGUGAUUCUGAAUGUACUAUUGAUUCAGCGGCACUAGAAGAAGAUUUAUAUAAAGAAAUUUCUGCAUCUUCUCUAAAUGAAGAUAGAGUGAAUGGUGGCAGUUCAUUGCUGAAGCAUAAUUCAUCAGCUCGAGAUACUGUAGCUUCAACCUCUGUGGCCACCCCAAAAGUGCUUCUGAAAAACAGUAGCAGAACUGGGCCUAAGGGCGGUGUUUGUCCACGGCCUGUGGCUUCACCUUCAUAUCCUUUCUAUUGGUUUGAUUUGAUAUUUUUAUAGUGCAUGUGAUGGUUUUUCAUAAAGGCUCUUUGAGCUACCAUAUCGUUUUUCAAUCUAUUGGAAUUUUACUAGUGAUGAGCCUUAAUGUUUUUUUACUUUAAAAAGGCCUGCAAAUGCAAGCACAAAAAAAUCUGCGAUGAAAGAAUCAAAGAUUCCUAAAUUACCAGUUUCAAAGCCAGGUCCUUCACUUCCUACAACCACUAAGAGUACCGUGCUGGGUGCAAGUUACACAAAGCAUAAUCAGAUUUCCCAAUCAGAUAACAUUCAGGCUAUUGCUGGAUUGAGGGGCUUCUCUAAAAACACCAAAGAUGCCCCAAAUAAAACAAAAUCUGGUCCUGGUUGUUUAUCUGCAAAAUCAUCAAUUCAACGUCCCAGAAGAAAUAAAGCAAACUCACCUUCAAAAUUACAUUCAUCAACUAAUCCACUGCCUGCAUUGGUUAGCAAAACUAAUGUUGGUUUAGUGGUGACUCAAGAUCCAGUACGCUUGGCUACUGGAAUGCAUGCAUUAGAUGGUCAUGAUGUAUCUAGAAAAACUGGAUUAUCUUUCCCUCAAAAUACUCACAGUUUGCAAACAACAAAACCUUCAGGCUUGAGGAUGCCAUCAUCAAAACCCUCAGGCUUGAGGAUGCCAUCGCCCUCACUAGGAUUCUUUGGUCAGCCAAAAUCAUCCACUUCACACAGCUUAUCUCAGAGAACAACUCAAUCCUGCAAUCUUCCUGAGUCUAGUAUUCCUAAUUUGCCUAAACUUGGUGCCUCAAAUUAUUUGCGUGAGCUGAGGCCGCCACAUGCUCCAGGAAAAAUGCCCGAAGUGGUCAUUGACGCUGCAGCAAGUGGAAAUGUUGGGGCCUUACGGUCCAGUAUGGAUUGUGCUGUUCCAUGUGCUGUAAAUAAAGCGCAGAUGAUAAAGGUUGCAUGUGAUCCUAAGAGUCCUGAAGUGGUAAAAAGUAAUGAAGAGCUGCGUACCAUUAUUGAUGCUGACAAAAGAUUUCAGGGACAUGCAGAACCUGAUAAAGUGGAACAGAUUUCUUACAGUGAGGCUGCAAAAAGGCAGACGAAUGAUAAUGAGUUGCUUUCACAAAGUGGAAUCAGCGAUCACUUUAAAAGAGAGAAUAAUUAUAAGAAUGUGACAAUUGUUUUUCCAGAAUGUGAGGACCGUAAUGGGUGUGGCUUGGUAAAUCCCAGAUCUACAACUCAACUCGCAACGAGUGAUAUAGUUGAGCACCAGCACAUAGAAGAGAAAGAAUGCAGUUCUUUAAUAAAAAAUCAGGGAGUCAUAUUGGAAUCUCAGUGUGGAAAUGGCAUUAGUGUUAUCGAGCAGGAUUCUUCAACAAUGCAUAAUGAUUGUUUAAGAAAUACUCAUUACGUAAAUGAACAGUCUGGGGAUCAAGCUGAAUUGAUAAAUCCUUCUGCUCACAAGGCUGAUCAAAUCUCCCAUGGGGAGAAUUACAGUCUGAAGACAAAUGGCGGCAUUUUGUUUGAGGACAUUAAACCGUUUGAGCAGUCACAGAAACACAACAGUGGAGACUUUCUAGAUGCCAAUCCAAACACCCAGCCUUCAAGUGGAAGUAUAAUGGAAUGUUCUUAUGGUCCAUCUCAGCACCAAACCGUAGAAGAAGCAAAUAAAGAUGCCGCUGGAUUCAGUAACUUGACUAAAAAACAUGCGGAAGUUGUACAAAUGCAGUUCUUGGAUGGCACUCUAUUAGAUGAAAGCUGCAACAGUAACUUGAAUACUCCGGCUGUGCAUACUCCCCAUCUAAUUGUUGAUGAUGUUUAUGAACAAUCUGGAGAGCAUCCAGAACCUCAAAGUUCUUGUGGCAUUGUUGAACAAACUUCCCAGUCCAGCCAUGGAUUCCGUUCGGAUGGUUGCUUAUUGCUUGCAGAAAACAUCUCUUCUGAAGAAUAUUUGGAGGAACCAGGUGCCAUGCAAGAUGGGGCUGUUGAUGCGGACGAAAUCAUUGAGCAGCCACAUGUGGAGGCAGCAGUGUCAGGUACUGAGGAGAUGGUUCCUUCAGUUGAAAUUCAUGAUGGUUCCAUUGAUACACGGUUCAGGCAUUACAUCAAGCUUAGAAGCGAAGCUACUUCGGAAUUUGAUUCAUCUUUGAAGAUGAGCAGAGAUCAUACAACAGAUUCUGUUAUUAGUACUCCUGCGGAUAGCAAAGAAUUGGGAUCAUUAGUUCCAAGUGCUCAGACAUCAUUAAAUGGAAGUAGUAUCAUAGAGAUUCUAAGAGGCAGUGGACUGGAGAGUACUAUUGCUGUAGAGGAAGCUGAAACUAAUUGUUUUUCUGACAAUCCUCAUGAGGACAAUCAGAAAAUAAAGACAAAUGAUGGCAUUUUCUUUGAAGAGAACAGAUCUUUCAAAAAGUCCCGGACUGGAGAUCUCAAAGAUAAUGCAGAUGUCAGUCCAGUAGUCCAAGGUUCUACUGGAAGUGAAUUAAGCUCUUACAAUCCAUCUCACCUUAAAAACACAGUUUACACAAAUGAAGGUGAAGCUGGAGCAGAUAACAUGACCAAUAAAUCACAUGUGGGAGAUGCAAAAAUGUACUUAGACAGCAAUCUAUUAGUUGGAAGCUGCAACAGUGGCCUGAGUACUUCAGCUGUGCAAACUCCACAUAUAAUGUUUGUCGAUGAUGCAAAUGAACAAAUUGGUGAACAACUGAAGUUGCAAGAUCCUCAUGUUGUAGAUGAAUGUGUUUUUGAGGGUAAUCAGGUAUUGCAUUCUAAUGAUUUAUUAUUGCUUGGAAAAGGCACUAGUUUUGAAGAAUGUCUGGAGGGAAAUGUUCUUGAGAGUGUCGAAUAUCUUGUUCCGCAACAACUUGAUGUUUAUGGAAGUGAAUCACAAUGUUUUACUGUUGUUGCACAGGUGUCACCAGCAAAACAAGAUGUUGGUGCUGGGGUGGAAAAAAUGGAUGAGCACCCACAUUCGGAUGCACCAUCAGGUUCUGUAGAGAUCAAGUCUUCAGCUGAAAAUCAUAAGAAUGCCUCUAUCGAUGCACAGUUCAGGCAUGAUGUCAAGUUCUGUGAUCAAGCUACAUCUUCUGAAUGCGAUUCAGCUUUGAGUACGAGCAAAGCUCAGACUACAGGUGUGAUCACUGCUCACAAGGAAUUUUGUUCUUUAACUGAAGAAUCGGGUUUAUUGGUCCAGGCAUUAUCAAAUGAAAGUAGCAUACUGAAUAUAGGAGUUGAUGUGAGUAAGCAUAUAAUGCCAGAUGAAAUUGAAGUCAAAAUUUCGCAAAACAUUGUUAGUCCUAUAGGCAAACUGGUUGUUGCUGAUGCAAAUGAACUAUCUGGUGAACAACUGAUGCUGCAAAAUCCUUGCAUAGUAGAUGAAUGUGUUUCCCAGGAUAAUCGUGGAUUACAUUUCAAUGAUUACAUACUGCUUAGAGAAAGCACUAAUUCUGAAGAAUUGCAAGAGGAAAAAGUUCCUGAGAAUGUUGAAUAUGUUGUUCCCGAUCGAAUUGAUGCUUUUGGAAGUGAAUCAGAACGUUCUAAGGUUGUUGCUCAUGUAUCACCAGCAAUACAAGAUAGUGGUGCUGGGGUGGAAAAAAUGGAUGAGCACCCACAUGUUGAGGAUGCAUCAAUAGCUUCUACAGAGACUGAACCUUCAGCUGAAAAUCAUAAGUAUGCCUUUAUCGAUGAACAGUUCAGUCAUGACAUGGAACUCUGUGGUAGGUCUUCAUCUUCUGAAUCUGAUUUAGCUUUGAGGACUGAUGAAACUGAGACUGCAGAUGUGGUCAGUACUUUGAAUGAGGAAUCAGGUUUAUUGGUCCAGAUGUUGUCAAAUGAAAGUGGCAUAAUGGCUGCUGGAGUUGACAGGAUUAAAUGUACAUUGCCAGAUGAAACUGAAGUCAAAAUUUCUCAGGACAUUGUUAGUCCUGUCAAUGAACUGGUAGUCUCUGGUGUAAAUGAAGAAUCUGCUGAGCAACUGAUGUUGCAAGAUCCCUGCAUUGGAAAUGAAUGUGUUUCCCAGGAUAAUCAUGGAUUACAUUUCAAUGAUUACGUACUGCUUGGAGAAAGCACUAAUUCUGAAGAAUUGCAGGAGGAAAAAGUUCCUGAGAAUGUUGAAUAUGUUGUUCCAGAUCGAAUUGAUGCUUUUGGAAGUGAAUCAGAACGUUCUGAGGUUGUUGCUCAUGUAUCACCAGCAAUACAAGAUAGUGGUGCUGGGAUGGAAAAUAUGGAUGAGCACCCACAUGUUGAGGAUGCAUCAAUAGCUUCUACAGAGAUUGAACCUUCAGUUGAAAAUCAUAAGUGUGCCUUUAUCGAUGUACAGUUCAGUCAUGACAUGGAACUCUGUGGUAGGUCUAUAUCUGAAUCUGAUUUAGCUUUGAGGACCGAUAAAACUGAGACCACAGAUGUGAUCAGUAUUUUGAAUGAGGAAUCAGGGUUAUUGGUCCAGAUGUUUUCAAAUGAAAAUGGCACACUGGCUGCUGGAGUUGACAGGAUUAAAUGUACCUUGCCAGAUGAAUCUGAAGUCAAAAUUUCUCAGGACAUUGUUUGCCCUGUCAAUGAACUGGUAGGUUCUGGUGUAAAUGAAGAAUCUGCUGAACAACUGAUGUUGCAAGAUCCUUGCAUUGGAAAUGAAUGUGUUUCCCUGGAUAAUCAUAAAUUGCAUUUCAGAGAUUACUUAUUGCUUGAGAAAAGCACUGGUUCUGAAGAACUGCUGGAGGACAAUGUUCCUGAUUGUGUCCAAUAUGUUGUUCCUGAACAAAGUGAUGCUCAUGGAAAUGAAUCAAAAAGUCCUAAUGUUGUUGAUAAGGUAUCACCAGCAAUGCAAGAUGAUGCCACUGAGGUUGAAAAGUUGGACGAGCACUCACAUGUGGAGGAUGCACAAACAUGUCCUGUAGACAUUGAGCCAUUGGCUGAAAAUCAUAAAUAUUCUUUGCAAAGUGAUGCUCAUGGAAGUGAAUCAAAAAUUCCUAAUGUUGUAGAUCAGGUAUCACCAACAAUGCAAGAUGAUGCCACCGAGGUUGAAAAGUUGGAUGACCAACCACAUGCGGAGGAUGCACAAUCAUGUCCUGUAGACAUUGAGCCUUCGGCUGAAAAUCAUAAAUAUUCCUUUAUGGAUUCACAGUUCAUGUAUGGCAUUGAUCUCUGUGGCCAAGCUACAUCUUCGGAAUCCAAUAUAGCUUUGAAGACAAGCAAAGCUCAGUCUACAGAUGUGGUCACUACUUACAAGGCAGUUUAUUCUUCGAGCAACGAAUCAGGUUUUAGGACAACGUCAAAUGAAAGUAGCAUACUGGGUAUAGGAGUUGAUGGUAUUAAGUGUAUCUUGCCAGAUGAAAAUGAAGUUAAAAGUCCUCAGAACAUUGUUAGUCCUGCGGGUGAACUGUAUCAAAAGCUGGACAAUGUCAUUUGUCUCACAGAAGACGACGAUGCAACAAAGCCAAUCAAAAAUUCUGAGAAUGGUGCAAAGAGAGGCAAUCUUAUGAUAAAACCUCCAGCAAAUGCAAUUCCAUUUUCUGAUGAAUGGUUGGCUGCUAUGGAAGCUGCUGGAGAGGACAUUCUUACCAUGAAAAGUGGUGCUGUACAACAUUCUCCCCCUGACAAAUCUGUUCCUGAACCAGGUCCAUGGUCCCCGGUAAAACGGAAAAACAAUCAGAUUGGACCGUAUGACUGUACAAAGUUCACUAACAUUGCACCUCCUGAUUCCCAUUAACUAAAUCAUUCUUUUGGACUAACAAUCAUCAUGACUCAUUCAUAGUGACCCAAUGUGUAACAAUCCCUGGCUGAUUAUAAAUACUGUUGUUGUCUUCAAAAAAAAAAAAAAUUGUAUUAGUGAAUUCUUUAAUUCUUGUAGUUUAAAAAAGUCCUUAACCCUUCACAAAUUGUGGUACCGCAAAUUAACCUGUGAAUUUCGCAGUCCUAUUAUUUUGCAAGUUGCUUUUACAAAUAGUUGCAACGUUUUGAUGUGCCCAAAGUGACUGUUUGAUGUGGAUGGGAACUGCUCUUGUAGAAACUUUUGCUCUCCUGUAAAAUGCACAUGUUCGUUCCUUCUUUCGGGCUAUAGGCUCCGAUCAAAGCUUUUGAAAUAAGAUAGUUGUAAGCCGA